GAGUCGAGACAAGCGAAAACGAUUACAGCAGCGAAUGAAGUUGGUGAAAGGUGGCAAUUUAUGUAAAAAUAACCACUGUGCUUGUCAAGUCCGCAGAAUUAAAUCAAUCAUAAUAAGAAAAAAAAAAGCAACAGCCUCUUCUUUCCUUUUCCUUACCAUACCAUAGACUAUUCAGCCUCUUUCCUUCUCCAUAAAUUAAGGACAGGUCUCACCAGCCAUUCGUUAUACUUUAAAAUUUGUAGCUCAAUGACGGUGCAACAAGAAUUACAACCAUUGCAACAUGACAAUAAUGAAUCCAUUCUUUCCGAUUUGACACUUUCCUUUUUUGACUAUAACACAAGUGAGCUUGAUCACUUGUCAGAUUCCCUUGGUAUGCAUCUAUCGAUAAACAAUAAUAAUCUCAAUAAUAAUGGUUACAAUAGAAAACAACACUGUAACGAUGUGAUAAAAGAAGAACAUGAAAGUGAUAAUAACGAUGAAGGGCAAUUCCGGCAUUAUCAUCCAAAUUACCAGGAACAGCAGCGACAACUAACAAUGAACGAUGACGAUAACGAAGACGAGCGAAGUGAAAGAAAUAGAAACACAGCUCAAUACCGAAUUCAUAGAGCUUCAGAGAUUCUACAAUCGUCAUUGCGCGCAUCGGUACUCCUUAGCUCGAAUGACUACCCUGACUUUGAAAAAUCGACUGAAAGCACAUAUACAACGACAACAGCUGUCAGUGUAAGCAAUAAUAUGGAUAUGAAUAAACUGAAGCGAGAAUUAGAAGAAUCUCAGUUGAGAAUAAAAGAAUUGGAAACGAGCUAUCGCAUCCUGCAGGAAGCUAGUCAACAAGCCUUACAUGAGUUUUCCCAAUUAAAGGAAGAUUUCGAUAGAGAAUCUGUCAUUAAAUCACAACAAGAGCUUACCAUCAUUUCUCUAUUGAAAGAAAAGGGAAAUUUAUUAUCAAAAAAGGAAAUUGACAAAGCUGCUAUUUUAAGAGUAGAACUGGAACGUGCUUGUAAAGAGAUGGCAGAGUAUAGAGAUAGAAUUGUGAAUAACAUAGGGCAAACGGUGGCACAUAGUUCUCUCUUGAAAGAUUAUCAAAAAGCUUUAAAAUUGCAGAUAAAGUCCUUGAUUCAGGAAAGAGAUUUCUUACAAAUACAGACGAAGGAUUUAGCAAAGUGUCGGGAUGAAAUUAUACGUGAGAUGGUGCUUUUGAACACUAAAAAUGCUGAGCUCACGACCAUGAAUAACGACUUAUCACGGCUUGCUCUCGAGAAAGAAGAAGCCAACAGCAGCAGCAAUAACAGCAACAGUCCUUCCACUUCGCCACCUUUGUCUCCUUCCCAUUCUUCUGCGUUGACACCAACAACAGCAGAUUACCAUGCAGCACAAUUAAGACCGCGAAAGAAUUCCAAUGCGAGCUCCAUUAUGAGUAAGAUGUCGUACAGACGAAGCUUUAUUGCAACCCAAUCACCAGGUUCGUUGUUCCGUCUGAAAAAGAAAGGAAGCGCGAUGUUUGGCAAAUUUAGUCCCAAUAAUUAUAGUUUAACAGGCGCUGCUGUCAGUACAAAUAACAAUGGCAGCAGUAAUAAUGGUAGCAAUAGCCGUUAUUUGAAGCAUGAGUUAGCCUCUUCUUCUUUAACACGCCAAGACGACGAAAAUGCUACUUCGGCAAUUUACAAUGAUAACAUGUACAAUUACAGCACACAAAGUUUAAAUAUCCCCACCACAACCGUAUCAACCUCUUGUGAGGCUGGUGAUGGAACGCUAGGCCGAUCAGCCACACCUAAUUCUCUCAAUAACAAUAUAUCACAUCGUAAAUAUAACUCUAAAAACUCUACAAUCACGUCCUCAUCACAGAAGAUAUCCUCCUCUUCCUAUGCUGGUCAUGGAAAAAUGAGCGCUAGCAGUACUACUAGCACGGACAUCUAUCAUCAUUCUUUCCGUCUUACUUCUUUCUUACGACCAGUGAAGUGUGGUGUAUGUGGCGAUAAAAUUUGGGGACGGAGCGAAUAUCGUUGUGAGCAUUGUGGAUAUUCGUCGCACUCGCGCUGUUUGAAUCAAAUUUCAGAAUCUUGCCCGCAGGCUGCACCUUCAUUAUCCUCCUUGUCGCCUUCAGCAACCAAUAGUAAUAGCGAACUAGUUACUGCCAUUACUACAUCUGACUAUUCAACUUCUUCUGCUUUAUAUGACAACGCUUCGUCUAUCAUGACACCCGAAACUUCCUCUAUAUCUAGCCAACUUACAACUGCAAAUGAUGCUAAAUCUUUGCCGGCAUCUAAAAAGUCAUUUUCAGAGGUCAGUAUGUUUGGCAUUGAACUUAGUGAGAGAGCACAGCUUGAAAAUAGAGAUGUGCCACUGAUUGUUGAAGAGUGUAUAAAAGAAGUUGAGAAAAGAGGACUGAGUUAUGAAGGUAUCUAUCGAAAAUCCGGUGGAGCUGCUCAAAUAAGAUCUGUCCAACUGGCCUUUGAUCAAGGCGAAAAAGUCAACUUGAGUAAUGAAGAGCAAUACAACGAUAUUUGCGCUAUUACUAGUGUCCUGAAACAAUAUUUCAGAGAGCUGCCCAAUCCACUUUUCACUUAUGAACUCUAUGAAAAUUUCAUAAAAAUCUCUACUAUGGAUCAUGGUGAUAACAAGCUCAACGCUUUUAUUGAGGUAUUAUCAAUGCUUCCAACCGCCCAUCAAGCCACGCUUAUGUUUUUAUUUAAUCACUUGGUCAAAGUACAUAUGCACAGUGAAAUUAACAGGAUGAAUAUCAAAAAUCUGUCGAUGGUGUUUGCACCUACGAUUAUGAGACACAAAGAUCCAUCUAGGGAUUUCUUAGAUAUAAGCUACAAGAAUGCAACUAUAGAAUACAUACUUUUGCAUACAGCAGAACUAUUUCCGUACAUCAGCAGUUUUAGGAAACCAUCUGCUGCUGUCUCUCCAACGUAAGGGUUGAAACUUCCGUUUAGACUAUCCUACUAUACGUACUUUUACUAUUUAUUUUCUUUAUCUAUUAACUAAUGCAUAAUUUUGUAUAAAAACU